GUGAAGAGGCCUUGGGUAAGAAUGUCUUAUGGGACUUCCUUGAAAGGUGGCCUACUCCAGAGGACACGGUCAAAGCAUCCUGGGAAGAAAUAGCUGAGCUCAUUCAGUGUCUAGGGCUGCAUGAGAAGAGAGCAAAAAUGAUUAUUAGGUUUUCUGAGGAAUAUCUAACCAAAGACUGGGUUUACCCAAAGGAAUUGCAUGGUAUUGGAAAGUAUGGAAAUGAUUCUUAUAGAAUCUUCUGUGUUAAUGAAUGGCGCAAAGUGAGACCCUCAGACCACAUGCUGAACUUUUAUAUUGACUGGCUAUGGGAUAAUCACCGAUAUCUUGGCAUUGACUAGUGGAUAUCUAGUGACUUAGUAGUUGCGUUCAAAACCAUGGCCUUAGACUGAGGUCAGGAAUUUUUAAGCCUUAGGGAACUACUAAUGCAGGAAAGUUAACAUCCAGCUAGUGGUAUUUAUGUUGGAAAAGAAGUGAACAAAGCAUUCUAUGAUAUUUUAUAAGGCCUAAUGUUUCAGGAUUUUAGUAAAUUAAUUUUCUUAAAUAAAGUACCGAGAAUGCAGGUGAAGUCUUUUAUAUUAAGUGUUACUGAUAUUAAGCACGAGACAUGCAAUGUCAUGGAGGUUUACAGUAUUCUGAUCUCUUUUUACAUAGAUUUAGAGGAUGUAAAUUAUCAUUUUCACUUCUUCACUUCCCAUGUUUCCUUUCACUGUAUGUCAUCCACACUAAAUGAUAUUUUUCCGUGUCACGGUAAUAGGUAUAUGUGUUUGGCUGAGUCAAUAGCAAAUCAACAUUCUGUUUCUAAACUUCCCUGUCUUUAUUUAAAAUGUUUUUGUUUUUAGCAUUGUGUAUUUUCUUUUUGUUCUUUCUUUUUUUCUUUUUUUUUUCUUUACUGCCACGAAGAAUAUAAAUGAUUAGAAUUAGUUAAGCAGUACUACCAGCAUU